CCCACCCCAGCUUUAAGUCGCAUGAAGCUCGGUCCAGACGACAGUCACGAUAAUCCUUUAAUGAUUCAAUUCUUCACCUGGAACUCACGUCAUCCUGAAAUGAGCUGGUGGCAACACUUUGAAUCCGAAAUACCUCGACUAUCUGAGCUGGGCUUCACACAAGUUUGGUUACCGCCGCCUAACAAAGCGGCCUGCAAGCAUGGAAGGGGAUAUGACGCGUAUGAUUUGUGGGAUUUAGGGGAAUUUGAUCAAAAGGAUGGCAUCCCAACCCGGUGGGGCACCAAGGAGGAGUUUUUGCACGUUUGUGACGUCGCGAAACGGUAUAAGAUCGACAUUAUAAUUGAUGCCGUUCUUAAUCACAAACUUGGAGCAGAUCGAAGGGAAACGUUUACCGCUGUUCCCGUGAAUCCACAAAACCGUUUAAAGAAUGAUGGUAAACCAAGAGAAAUUGAGGGAUGGACGGCCUUCGAUUUUCCUGGACGCGGUGGAAAGUAUAGUACAUUCCGCUGGAACCAGACUCAUUUUUCUGGUCUUGAUUGGGACGACAGGACGCGUAGCAAGGGCAUCUAUCGAAUAGAGGGCCCCGGCCACAAAGGAUGGUCGAAGAAUGUUGAUAGAGAACUUGGAAACUAUGACUACCUGCUUGGCAUAGAUAUCGAUCAUCGGCAUCCUGCCGUCCAAGAGGAUCUAUUCAAUUGGGGUUCCUGGAUACUACAGACCACUGGGGCUGUUGGUUUUCGUCUGGAUGCAAUCAAGCACAUAGAUCGAAGAUUUCUUAUCAGUUUUGUAAGUUGUUAUCAGCGUGCGAGGUCGCAAAAUCCAAGAAUGCUGGCGGUCUCUGAAUAUUGGUCGGGGGACGUCAAAUCGAUAUUGCCGUACAUACGAGCGUUUAAAGGGCAGACUGCAUUUUUUGAUGUUCCUCUGCACAUGAAUUUCAAUCAAGCCAGCCUACACUGGACUAGAUACGACCUUAGAACUAUUCUGAAUAAUACUAUUGCUAAGCUCAAACCUCAGGACGCAGUUACCUUUGUAGAUAACCACGAUACGGUUGAAGGCCAAAGUUUGGAAAGCUGGGUAGUUGGAAACAAUUUCAAGAUUCAGGCUUAUACUAUAAUUCUUUUGAGAGAAGAGGGCUAUCCCUGCGUCUUUUAUGGUGAUGUCUAUCCGAACACUGAAUGUUUCGACGCAAACAUUGCUCGUAAUGUCAUACGCCUUAUUGCGGCUCGGAAGCUGUAUGCUUACGGUUCUACGCAUGAAUAUCUGCACGGUAGAACAUGCAUAGGGUUUGUUCGAAUGGGCGAUUUAACGCACCAAGGAUGCGCGGUCUUGUUGAGCAACAAAGAAGAAUCCGGAGACUUUGUACAUAGUGUUAGAAUGAACGUUGGUCUGCGAAAUGCCGGGUCACGCUUCAAAAGCUGGAUGUCUGACGGGGGCCAAGUGGAUAUAGACGCUGAAGGCUGGGGGACGUUCACUUGCUUCCCUAAUUAUGUUCAAGUCUGGGUUAAGGCAUGAACGAACCUUUAUUCAAUGAGGGACCGGUAUAAGAUGGACAUCACUGGCAUGGAUCUAGUUAAAACUAAUGAUACAUCGGACGAGUAUUCAACUCAACUAUUACUCACAUGCAAGGAGCGGGUAUUGAAACAAAGCAUAAAGUUACAGAGAUAAUGAGAGGGCUUUAUUUAGAUUGUUCUUCCUACCCCGAGUUCGUCGAGUGUUCUAUCGUUACCCUUAUCAUAGGUCGGGAACUCUCGAAAAUGUCGUCCUUGUGGUU